AUGGGCUGUAUUUGCACCAAAACCAUGAAGAAGGUGGCCAGGGUCCUCACGGAGAAGUACCAUACUCACCUGGGCAGUGACUUCUAUACCAACAAUCCCCUGUAUGGGGAGAUCAUUACUAUUCCUAACAAGAAGCUCUGUAGCAAGAUUGGAGGGUAUGUCAAAUAUCUGAUGGGAUGGAAUCAGAGGGGCCUGGUGAUGGGUAUCUGCAUCAAACUGCAGAAGGAGGAGAGAAAAAGAAGAGUUAAUUAUGUUUCUGAGGUCUCAGCUCUGGAUUAGGAGAUCAUUGAAAUAGAUCCGAGGCUCUUGAAAUUUGGCAGUCUGCUCAGCCUGCAGGUCACUCAGCCUACAACUGGGAUACAUUUCAAAACAUCACGUGGAGUUGUUUGA